ACGCAUAUAUUUGACACAGUUGUAUUCAGCUCUCAGGAUCUCUCAACAUUAGUUUUUCUCAAAACAGAAAGCAAAAUCAUACAUAGAAAUUUGACAUAAUCAAUGGGCAAGACGAGAACUCCAGCUUUAGCCAUCGUGGUGAUUGCAGUAGGAGUGGCUGCAGCCCUUCUCCAAGAAACAGCAGCACAGACGUUGCAUGUUGUGGGUGAUGGGUUGGGUUGGAUCGUCCCUCCCGGCGGCGCCGCCGCCUACUCCAUCUGGGCUGACUUGCAAACCUUCACCGCCGGCGAUCUCCUCAUGUUCAAUUUCACAACGGGAGAGCAAGAUGUGGCUAGGGUUACCAAAGAAGCAUUUGAUUCGUGCAACUCUAAGAACCCUAUUUGGGUUAAGACCACUGGUCCAGUGAAAUUUACACUUGAUUCAGGUGGUGAUUACUAUUUUAUAUCUACUAUGAAUAAACACUGUACUCUGGGACAAAAACUAGCCAUUAAUGUCAUAGGAACCAGUAGUGGUCCAUCUGCUAGCCCUGCUCCUGCUUAUGCCCCUCCUCUGCCGCAUAGAGCAACAACAACAUAUAUCGUUGGUGAUGGCAUGGGAUGGAUUGUUCCUCCUGGUGGUGCAAUUGCUUAUGAGACUUGGGCUUACAUCAAGAACUUCAUUGUUGGUGACACUCUUGUGUUCAAUUUCACAACUGGAGAGCAAGAUGUGGCUAGGGUUACUAAGGAAGCAUUCGAUUCAUGCAACUCCAAAAAUCCUAUUUGGGUUGAGGCCAUCGGACCCGCGAAUUUUACACUUUAUUCCCCUGGCAAAUACUAUUUCGUAUCCACCAUGGAUAGGCAUUGUGCUUUAGGGCAAAAGCUAGCCAUCACUGUCACAGGUUCAAGUAGUGGUCCAAGCGUUAGUCCUAUUCCUACUCCUACUUAUCCUCCUCCUCCGCUGCAUAGAGCAACAACAACAUACGUGGUUGGGGAUGGCUUGGGGUGGAUUGUGCCUCCAGGUGGUGCAGUUGCUUAUGAGACUUGGGCUUACUACAAGAACUUCAUUGUUGGUGACACUCUUUUGUUCAACUUCACAACUGGGGAGCAAGAUGUGGCUAGGGUUACCAAAAAGGCAUUUAAUUCAUGCGACUCCAAGAACCCUAUUUGGAUUGAGACCACCGGUCCAGCAAACUUUACACUUGGCUCCGACGGUGAAUAUUAUUUCAUAUCCACUAUGGAUGGGCAUUGUGCUUUGGGACAAAAAUUAGGAAUUAAUGUCAUAGACACGAGUGGCAGUCAUGGUCCCGCUCCUGCUCAUGCUCCUCCUUCACACAAACCAACCACACCAUCUCCGUCGUCAUCCGCCACGGCCACGGCUUCCUCGCCAGCUGAUGCGCCUACUACCGCCCCUCCGCCGGACAGCUCAGCCCCGUCCAACGCCGUGAUCAGCUUCUCUGUCGCCGGCUUCAUGUCUCUUGCCAUAGCUUUCUUCUUCUAAAUGAUAUUUGCGCCAUUCUUAAUUUGUACUUACCGUUUGAUUAGAAUUCUACCUUUACAUGGACAUUUCAUUUUAUAUGUAGUACUGAUAAAAUAAAUAAGACUCCAUCGAUCGAGUUGACAUUCCAUUCUA